UCAGAUUGGAGAAGGUUCGAUAAAUGCAUUACAUAAAUUAAGUGCCUUUUGACAAUAUUGAACUUGAAUUCAUUUUGACUAUUAUAAAUUGAAAACAAUAAUAAGAUUAUUGCGAAUAUUAAAAAAAAUGAAUGAGUAUACUUAAUUUGCAUUAUACAAUAUAGGAAAUAAGCAAGACAAUUUACAAACACAACGAUACAAUUGUAUAUGUACAGUAAGGCGGUCUUAUUGCUGAGGGCAAUCUUUUCAAGACAACCUUAAAGUAAUGCACUAAUUGAUGUACAGGUAUAAUUAAGAAAGUAUCUUUUGCAAAAAAAUUUUAGUAUGGGAGAGACUUUUUGUUAUUUCUCGAUAAACUUUCAUUUGAAGAAAUAUCCAGUUUAGAAUGCAGAGAACUUUCUUAAGUAUUGGCAUUAAUAUUAUUUAUUUCAUCUGUAUAGUAUCAUUGAUAAAGAGAAUUUAUUAAAUAAAACUGUACGUGAGUGUACCGCUGAAUGUAGUUUGAAAAUUACACUUACUUUGUACAUAUCAUUGAUAUCACAUCCUCUAACAUGGAUAAAGCACUACAAGCACUCGACCGCACUCUCUCAGUUGUUGGAAUAUCAGUAUUUAAUAAAAGCAAUUGGGAUACGAAAGGAUGGUUUGCAUUUCAGAUAUCCAAUGUCAUUGUCAGCUUCACUUACUUUGUUGUGUCCACUAUUUUUGUUUUUAUAAAUACUACUAAUAUCACAAUAUUCAUUCAAGGAUCAAGCAUUUGGGUAAUUGGAUUAACAGUUCCCUUAUGGCUAGCUAUGUGUUUAGUUUUGAGAAGGAAUUUCCGUAUGUUUCUGGAAGAAAUGGUAUUCGUUGAUUGCUUAUUAGAUAUGCCGUUUCUUAAACUGGUUCUUUCUGAAGGAGAAGGGACCAAAACAACCGAGUUGAAGCAUUUGAUAAACAGUACACAGACAGCAUUGUUUAAGUAUUCAAGGAUGCUGCUUCUAUUUUAUUUAUGGUGCACUUAUAUGGUAUACAUCUUGUACGUUUGCAUUCCCAUUUAUGAGAUAAUUGUUACUAAUGAUCCGUCUCUACGACCUUUGGCAUUCGGCAUGUGGUUCCCGUGGGAUUUAGAGAAUUUAUAUGUUUAUAGCUUUACGUUUAUAUAUAACUUUUAUUUUGGGAAUUUGUGUUGUAUCGUAUACUCUGGUAUACAACUAAUGAUUGUACUACUUGUUGGCCAAAAGAUACGUCAUUUGAAAGUGUUGACGUUCAUUCUUCUGAACCUGGAUGAAUUGGCCAAGGAGUUUGUGAAGCAGAAUAAAGAACAAUGGCAAAUCUUUUGCACUGCAGUACUUAUACAGUGCGUGGAUCAUUAUGUAAAACUAAAAAAAUUUAGUAACAAAUUGAACAAAACAUGUCAGCCUUUCUACUUGUCUAUUAUUAUGGUGGCUACUACGCUUUUUUGUCUGUGUUCAGUGAAAAUCGCUAUAUCUGAUAAGCUAGCGCUGGAUACCAUGAAAUAUUAUGUCAUUGAAUUUUGCUAUAUAAUGGUUAUGAUGGUAUAUUGCUUCUUGGGACAGCAAGUUGACAAUGAAUGCGAGAAAUUAGAUAUAGCUGUCACCGAAAAGUGGUAUAUAUAUAACAGGCAACACAAAAUAAAAAUGCGCAUUUUUAAAAUGGCGACCGGUCAGAGAAUGCCUAUAUAUAUAUUUGGAAGUGUUACAUUAUCAUUGCCUACUUUCACUUGGUUCAUUAAAACGGGAAUGUCCUGUUUCACAUUAAUGAUGUCGGUGAUAGAAGAUUGAAAUUAAUUUAAAUAGUAUAAAACAAAAUUUAUUAAAAUUAAUUUAGUGUGGAACAUUAGAUUGCAAUGAAAAAAAAAAUAAAACAAUUAAAAUAUAUACAAAAAAGUAUUAAAUGAUGAAAAUAAACUUCAAAAUUAUUGAUCUAUCUCAUUCUUGCAUUUGGAAAUAAUAAAGUAGUCACAAUAAUAAAUGUUCUUUUCUUUUAACCAUAAACAUGG